UUAUAACAUGUUGUAAUUUUGUGUCUGUUCUGUAGUUAAUAGCAUUUUUUGUAUGGACUAUAAUUUAUAAUGAAUCAUAUUACGCUAAGAGCCCUUCAAAUCUCUUUAACUAUUUAUUUGUUACAAAUUACAACUGCAAGUGGAGCAGGUUUUUCAAAUUUGAGAAACAUGGGAAGGAAAUUUUGCGUUGGUGGAAAUUGGAAAAUGAAUGGAAGCAAGAAGUCUAUUGAUGAAAUCAUCCAAUUCUUGAAAACUGGGCCUUUGGAUCCAAAUGUUGAGGUAAUUGUUGGAGUACCAGCACUUUACUUGGAAUAUACCAAGAACAACUUGCCAAGCAAUGUUGUGGCUGCAGCACAAAACUCAUAUAAAGUUCCCAGUGGAGCUUUCACUGGAGAAAUAAGCCCUGCAAUGAUCAAGGAUGUAGGUGUAAACUGGGUGAUUCUUGGUCAUUCUGAGAGAAGAAACAUUUUUGGAGAGUCUGACGAGUUAGUAGCAGAUAAAGUGGCCCAUGCCUUGGAUCAGGGUCUGUCCGUGAUUGCUUGCAUUGGUGAGAAGCUAGAAGAGAGAGAGGCUGGUCAGACAGAGGCUGUGGUUUUCCGACAGACACAGGCCAUCGCAGAUAAGAUCAAAGACUGGUCCAAAGUUGUCCUGGCUUAUGAACCUGUGUGGGCCAUUGGCACUGGAAAGACUGCAACACCUCAACAGGCACAAGAAGUGCACCAGAAGCUGCGAGAAUGGUUAAAGAGCAAAGUGUCAGAGAAAGUUGCACAAGAAACAAGGAUCAUUUAUGGAGGCUCAGUGACAGCUGGUAAUGCCAAGGAACUAGGCAAGGAGGGUGACAUUGAUGGAUUCUUGGUCGGUGGAGCUUCGCUGAAACCUGACUUUGUAACAAUUGUCAAUGCCAAACAAUAAAAUUGAUCAAACCUGUAAGCAAUGGAAUAUUAAGUACAAUGUUGAAUAAUAACACAUGGAAUUGUUUGUGUAGAUCAUGUAUGUUCAAAAGGCAUUAUUAAAGUGAGAUAAAUGUCAUAGAGUAAGUAAUCUCUGUUAGUUGACUUUUCAUUUUAUAUAUUUUUUUGUUAUAAAUUGUAUAUGAGAAAAUUAGAGAUAGUUUACUGACACUAAUUUACUGUGAAGUAACAAAAAUUAUAUUUAACUUUAUACAAUGCAUUAUAUUUCCUACUAGUUAUUGAAAAUUGCCAGUGACUUUUCUCUCUAAAAAUGGUUAUGUUUGUUAUUUUUGAUAGAUAGUUAAAAAUAUUUUGUUAUUGUAAAAUGUACUGAAUGUUUCUCGUUUUCUAUUGCAAAAUAAAAGUUAUAAAUAUGUUAUCCUAA